AUGGAGAUGAUCAAGCUGGGAUCGCGGAAGCUGGCCGUGGUUAUGGUUCUAGUGGCAAUGUUUGGGUUUUUGUUCGAGGGGUCUAGAGGGCAAGACUUGUGUAAAUUGACCGACCAGGAUUUGAACACUUGCAGGCCGGCUGUGACAGCCCCGAACCCGGCCGACCCCACCGGAGCGUGUUGCGAAGCUCUCAAGAAGGCCGACUUGGUCUGCCUUUGUCAGUUCAAGAACUCUGCGUUCCUGCCUAUUCUAGGGAUUGAUCCCGACCUCGCCAUGGCCCUGCCCAAAAAGUGUGUGACAACCGAGUACUUCCUCUUGGUGUGUGCUGCAAUUGGGUUUAAUGAUACAUGUGUUACAAGUAUGGUGUGA